UUAUUAGAUCUAGAUCUAUAUCUAGAGAUCUAUAGUCAAUAGACUCUGACUCUAGAUCUAGAUCUUAGAUCUAGAUUUCAUAAUAGAUCUAGAUUUAUUUAUACUAAUAUUCAUAAUCUAGAUCUACAAUUUAUUAUUAAAUUCUGUACUUGCACAAGCAAAUGGACAAAUCUUCUAAAAUUCUAAAGAAGAGCAAAAUUCCUGUAAAAAAUAGAGGAACAAGUAAUAAAACUAAAGAUGUUCCUGAUAAUACUAAAAAUAGUAUUCCUCAGAGGGUUAUACCACAGAUGUCUUGUCUAAAGAGUAUAGUGACAAAUACCAAUGGUAAUUCAACUGUUACUUUUGAGGCAGAUGAGAAAGCUCUUCAAAGUAUUUUAAGUCACAAAGGUAUUGAACCAAGGAUAAAUGACAUUUCAAGACCAGUGUCUGAAAGCAUUGCUUCAUCAAUAACACCUGCAAAUGUCGGUCGAAUUUCUAUGUGGGAAAAUAAAACUCACCAGAAGCACCAAUCAUAUACUCCAAUGAGUUUGUCAAGUGUAGGAAAAGACCCUUCAUGUUGUGAUGCUGCUCCAUCAACUCCUAAAAUCACACUGGAUCUCUUUAACAAGAAACCUUCUGAUGCCACUUCCAUGAUGGAGUCUUACAAAGAGCACCUAGAAAAUGUCAAAAAGUUUCAAGAAAAAAUGAAACAUCUAAGAGAAGCCAACAUGUUUGUUAUAGAUCCUGAAGCUAAAAGAAGUAUAUUGAAUGGUCAAGGCAUUACACAGUAUCCUGAGUCUUCAGCGCGACCUUCAAUUUACAAAAAUUAUUCAACCAAUUCCUCCAUGAUGGAAUCAUAUUUAGAACAUGAAGAGAAUGUCCGCAUUUUUAGGCAGACAACACAAGGACUAUUUACUAGUUGUACAACUCCAUACAAGUCAAGCCAUGAAGUGUUUGUAACCAAAUCACCUUUCAGAACACCUUCAGUCAACGGUAUAACCAAAUCACCUUUCAGAACACCUUCAGUCAACAAUAUAACUAAAUCACCCUUCAGAACACCUUCAGUCAACAAUACGACCAAAUCACCCUUUAGAACACCUUUAGGCAUCAGUAACAAAGCUCAGAUACAUUCUGCACUUAAAAAUAGGGAUACAGAAAACAUGCUAGAUAACCAAAAAUCUGGCACAAAAAGUGUGACUUGGUCAGCUAAAAAAGUAAUCUACUGUGGUGUCACUGAUUAUAAGCCAAUAUCUAUUUUAAAGAGCUCUCAAACAGAAAGAGAUGAAACUGAUAAUGCACAGUUAGCUACUACUCCAAGCAACCAGUGCCAUAAAUCCUCCUGUGGAAAUGUUGAAUCAAAUAGAUUUAAUCCAGCUAUCACUGAGACUGCUAGUUCCUUGACACAUACACCAUGGACUAAUACUUCCCAAGUUCAGAAAUGUGCAUAUUCCAAUGGGCCUCUGACUGAAUCUAAUUUCUUCACACCCAGUUGUUUGAACCUGAAGAAUAUUACUGUAGGUUUACCUAUGAGAAUACCUGUGACCCCCAAAGAGGUAGAUAAACCCAGCAGGAUACAAUCUACACCUGUAAAGAAUGGCAACAUUAACUUACCUUGCAGAACACCAUUGACCCCUAAAGAGAAUUUAACUAAUAAUUUACCCAAGAGGACUCCCACUCUAAAGUCUGGUAACAGAGUGUUAUGCUUGCAAGAACCAAAACAAACAUUGCAGAGUUAAUUUUGUUUUGUUUUUUACUUCAACUUGUCUGGAAUCCUUUGCAAUGAGUAAAAGUGUUUUGUUUUUUUUUAAAUAGAUUUUAAUAUGUAAAGUGAUUGUCAUUUAACUACCAUUAUCAUUUUUUUUAAUCAUUUAAUUUAAUUUUGCGUUUAAUAUUUUUUGUAUAAGUGAUUUUUUUUCAAUCUCUAUAUAAUUCUUAGAUAUGCGGCAAGCUAAAUAAUUAUAUAAAACUUUUCUACUGUUUAACAGUACCUUAGUCAAAAGUUGUGUAAAAAUAUUUAUUUAUUUAUAGUACAUUUCAUUUUGCUAUUAGUACAUUUUACUCAAUCCAUUCAAUUUGUAUGUCUAUGUAUUUUCUGUUCUUUUUGGGUUACUGACUAUCCAGUGUAAUCCAGUGAACCUUGUGACCGUUAGUUUUGUUUGAACCAAGUCAAUGUGCAAUGGCAUACUUUCUUGCCAAGCUUAUCUUUAGGAAGAUUUAUCUGUGAACCUGUGACACUUACAUGAUGACACAGAUAAUCAUUUUCAAUAGGGUCAUAAAUUAGUUUCUAUUUGUUUUUAAAAUGCAAUGUUUCUUUUCCAAAAAUUGCUUAACACAUAUUUUGUAGCAGUGUUGAUUAUUAAGAUUCAUAGUUUAAUAUCUGUUUCCUAAGAAUUAUUGUAAUAUUUCUUCAAUUAUUAAAUUGCAUUUUUGUUUACCACUGAUUUAUUGGAAGCUUUUUGCAUGCAAUUAAUCUUUUGUUUCUUUCUGUUGGCAAGUUUAUAAAUGUUAGAGAAAGUAGGAACUAAAUGAGAAUUCAUUUACUAAGAUUUUGUCUGGGAUUUAUUCACCACUGACCUAUAUUUUAUGUAUCUGAUACAUUGUGAGUAUCUUGAGGGAGUACAUUCGCUGUAUGUGUAAUAUAAAAAAUAAACACUAAUUCAACUUGAA